AGUCAAACACACUGACAAAUCAUAAACCUCCCUAAUAUCUCCCGCCACCAACUCUGCCCGUCUUAAUCCUCUCUCUCUCACCUAUACACACACACACACACACAUAUAUACCAGUCUGCAUCUAAAGUUAACUCAAGAAACUAGGUCUUUGCCUCUCUCCUCCUCUUCUUCUUCAGAAAGUGUUUUUUUUUACUGUAACAGAGAGCUGUAACAAUGGCGAUAACAGACGACUCAUUCAAGAGACCAGGAGCAGUUCCCUUCAGCUGGGAGAUCCGACCAGGCGUUCCCAAAACCCCAUCUCCCCAUCCCGACAACCUUAACCAUCUCCGCCUCUCAUCCUCGCCUCAGCCUCUCCAUCCUCCUCCUCCGCCGCCGGCGUUGUCCGAGCGGUGGCUGCUCCUGCGCCCGAACCGGGUCCGACCCGGAUGUUUCCCGCCAUCUCUGUUUCGAUUGAGGAAGAGUAGGAGAAAGACGGUGCCGAGGUUGGAUCCUGAGUACGGCUCCGACACGGAGACUGUAUCGAGUCGGAGAUCAAUUUUUCCGAUGUGGGAUUCGCCGAAAUCGUUGUUCUCGUCCAACAGUUUCUCGUCUAUUUCAUUAUUGGCUCGUGAUUCCGCUUCUUAGCGCGGAUCCGACAAUAAAACUACAGACUUUUCAGUUCCUCAAAGUUCGGAAGAAAGCAAACUGCUCAAGUUUUGUUUAUAUAUUCAAUAAUGCCAUUUAGAGUUUGCGUUUCGGUCUUUUCCUAUCUAAAGUUUUUUUCCUUCUUUUUGGGAUUGUAUUGUGCGUGAUGAUGUAU